AUGGCCCACUGGCUGCCCCAAUCGCUCUUCCUGGCUGCCGAGGCCGGCGACGAGGCUGCUGUGCGUGAGCUGCUGGCCCUUGGCACCCCCGCCGACGCACCCAACGGUGCCGGCGAGCUGCCGCUGCAUGCCGCCAGCGCAUGCGGUCACACGGGCGUGGUGCGGCAGCUGCUGGAGGCUGCCCCGGGAACAGCAUCCGCUGCCAGCUGCUUCGGCAGCACGCCCUUGCACAAGGCUGCAGCGGCGGGCCACCUGGAUGUGGCAAGGCUGCUGUUGGAGGCCGCGCCGGCCACAGCGUCAGCAGCAUUGGCCAACGGAAAGACACCGCUGGCUCUGGCCACGCAAUUCGGCCACGCAGACGUCGUGCAGCUGCUGCUGCUGCCCGCGCGCGCGGUGACCUGA